GAUGAGGGCAUCAAACAUUCUCCCUGUUUCUCCCCCCCUCCCUCCUCCCCUCCUCGCCCUCUUCCCCUCCAGGUCUCCCACGACUUUGCGGUGAAUUUUAACGAGGAGAACCCAGAGUGUGCAGGGAUCCAGGGCGUGGUGGAGGCCUACCAGGCCUGCCUCCCCAAGCUGCAGCUCUACGGCCCCACCAACAUCGCCCCCAUCAUCCAGAAGGUCGCCAACACCGCCUCGCAGGAAGUGCACACCAAAGAGGCCAUGCAAUACUUCAUCCUGCUGAUCCUGACGGACGGCGUCAUCACCGACAUGGCCGACACGAGGGAGGCCAUCGUCCAGGCCUCGCACCUCCCCAUGUCCGUCAUCAUCGUCGGGAUCGGGAGCGCCGACUUCAGCGACAUGCAGAUGUUAGACGGAGACGACGGGAUUCUGCGAUCGCCCAAAGGAGAGCCCGUCCUCCGGGACAUCGUCCAGUUCGUCCCAUUCCGCAAUUUCAAACACGCGUCUCCAGCUGCUUUGGCUAAGAGCGUUUUAGCGGAGGUGCCCAACCAGGUGGUGGAUUACUACAACAGCAAGGGCAUCAAGCCCAAAGUGCCCAGCCAGUUCCAGUCUUCCAGGCAGUUCGGACCCUGAGCAGCCUCUCCUGGACUCAGAAAAUGUUCACCGUGUUUUGUUCUUUGUCGAUGCGGAUGUUAAAGGUGCUAAAUGCAGUGUUUACCAUGAAGGAGGGGCUCAUUUUAAAUGUGAUCACUGGAGCAACAGGUGUGUCAGCUGCAUUAACAUUGGGAGGCAAUUGGACGUAUUGGAAGUUGUUGGAUUGCUUUACAGCACAAAUCAGAUAGAAAAUGCUUCAUUACCUGGUGUUAUAUCUUAAGGUGCAUACACUGGUCAUACCAUAACAGCUGAGAUACACCAAUCCAAAGACCAAUGAGUUAUUGUCAUCAGUCUCAACGAAGGCAGCGACGAAUCCUGACUCGGUGCAGUUUCUCAACAUGCAAUGAUAGGCGUCUUGAUGCUAAUAGUUUGAAGGCCAACAUAUAAAACUGUAGCUCAGGGUGUUUGGAUGCACAACAUACGUGGAUAGUGUGUUUCGACCUCCUCUAGUGUUCCUGAACGCAGACGCAUGAGUCUAGAAAUAUGAUCAAUAUGACACGUUAAAUGUGGACCUGAGUAUGGUACAUGCAGAGCUUAGAGCUAACAUCAGGCUGAAGGAACCUAUAUUGCUAAUUUCCAACUUUUUAACAUCCCUAACAUCAUGGUCCAAGUUCUAAUAACCAUUCAAAUCAGGGUUUACUCUUAUUAGUAGCAAUUAAUAGCCUGUUAUGUAAUUACCUAGAUAUGUAGCAUUUCAUAUUUAAGAAGUGUAGCUUACGUUUGUGGUUCUCUAUUAUAUUGUGAUAAUGUUUACAAUGAAAGCCGGUCAUGACAUCAGACAGAUCAAAAUCAGUCGAAAAUGACCACGUAUAUCUAUGCAGAGCUUUUGCGUAGGAAAAAAUGACGUAGCAAAUAUUUUUGUGCUGAGCAGAAACUAAGGAAGCUAACGUAUUAGCUUUGUCGCACAAUGCAAUUUAAGGAAAACAUCUUCCUCUUUAAGUGUAUAAACUGCCAAACAUGAUUAACUUUUCAUUUCUAACUAGUAGCAAGUCAGCUAGACUUUUGAGGUAUUUAUGCUAGCUUGCAAAUUACUCUAUAGCUAGCAUGUUAUCAGUUAGCACACCCGCGACUGCUAGCUCAUGGACAAAUAUUCAAGUAGUCACAAAGCUGCCAAGGCUUCCUAUUGGUUGUGUAAAUUUCAGUGACAUGAAGGCUCACACGUUUGCUAUCUUUAGUUAUUUACUAUCCCACAUUACAUGAACACAUAAAGGAGGCUUCAUCUCAUCUCAGUCUAACUUAUGUUCCAUGUGUAAAAAUGCUAACUGUCGCACCUUUAGCAUCCGUUGUGCAUGCGGGGCCUGCAGAGUCCGAGCUGAUCGUAACAUUCAGGCGUGUUUUACUGGACGUUAAAACCACACAGACACAACACUGACCAAUCCUAACGCUGCUUUCCUGCAGACAGCAUGACAGGUAAACAGGUAAACAGUGAAUGAAGGAAUGUAUGACCCCCCCCCCCCCUUCUGGUUUGGUUUUCUAAGAGUUUGUGGACAUUUUGCUACAUUUCGUAAGGUUCGUACGUUGUAAAGCAUUUUGGAUCUCUGCCUGUUGAAAGAGCAAGCUGCCUUCACAGACGUCUGCAUCCUCUUCUGUUCUUUUCUAAAGGCGGGGCAGAUGCAUGAGCUGUUGUUUUGCAUGCAAUCUCUAUGCAGGGCUCCUCGUGUGGUUUCUGUUCCCUGGUAGUGAGUAAUACGAGUACUAAUGAUGUUUACAAUGUUCCCGUUGACGGGGCUGUUCUACUCUCGAGCAUGUUCACAUGUAAGCAAAAAUGUGUGAGUAGAUUUAAGAGCACAACCUGAGUGUACUUGGAGAGUUUUUUUAGAUUAGGGUAAUAUAUUUCGGUCACUGUGCAGCAACACCUGCCCUUAUCUCUUUCCGUCUCUGAAGAACUGAUUCACUUUCUAUUGGCUUUACUUUGGACGUAUCCAAUCUGGACCUUUGAUGGGUGCAAACAGACUUUCUCAAUCCUUGUUUUCUAUUUUUAGGAAAGGACAUGUACUUCAAAGAUAUCUGCAGUUUGCACACACCCUAAGUCAGGAUCAGAUUUCACAUCCUAUCCAUUAAUUCACCACCACAUACUCAGAUCUAGGAAGCUUUUGCAGGAGACUCAACAAGGCAGUCCGGACGUCCUUAUUCCCCGGUGUCUGUUAGGAUUAAGACAAUUUGGCCCUAAGUGUUUCUAGACUUUUAUACUAGCUAACCAUCCAUCUCCGCUUAUAGAAACCCAGGCUAGGAAUUAGUGGUCCUCCAGGGAAGUUCUGGUCCUGGUAUCUUUCUGGUAGGACAUGCUGACACUCCCCAGGCAAAGUGUCCAUGAUGCAUCUUAAUCAAAGCCCAGAUCCAUCGUAAUUCACUCCAAGGUCUGGAUCACAUUUUACAUUUAUCACCAUUUAUCCAGGUCUUUGUCUCAGGUUAAGCAAAGUUACAUCCUUAAGUUACCCCUCCAAACAUCCCCUCUUUCCUCCCAGUUGGACCUGGAGAGAAAACCCUCUACAGGAAGGCGUCUUCAGAACCACCAACCUGUUCACGAAGUUACGUUUCACUCAACAAAUGUAGUCAUUUGAACUCAAACCAAAACCUUUGUUGAAGUUUGUGUUCAAAACUAGCUUUCGAUUUCCUGAAACUGCAUUUUGCAUUCAAAUUGGAUUUCCAUUUUAUUCCCAACAGACCCUUUGAGUUCAGUGUUUGUGAUUGCAGAUGUAUUAUUUGUAGUGAUUACAUUAAUGUGCUAGACUUGUGUUUGUUGAGAUGAACAAAGAUAGAAAGAUGGCGGACAGGUGUUGGGUCACGUGACUUACCGUUGUGUUAACAUGCAGUAUUGUGUGCAAAACAAUG